AUCAAUUCAAUUGAAGCGUAUUGUUGAGGUUUUGGCUGUCAAUUUUGCGAGAGUUGGAACGUAAAACGUCGAGAAAAGGUCUGUUUUUGGAUGAUCUCCCGAUUAAUUUGUUAAUCUAAUAGUAAAACAACGACCAGACAUGUCUACUGAUCUCCUUUCUGCUCCCAUUGCGUCGAGGGGGAUGAAGAAGCCAAAAGCAGAGAAAGAGGAUUUGGUGGCCAAACAGCCUGUCCUGACUGAUUUCAGUACGUUCUGUACGUGGGUUCUUGACUAUGAAGCAUCCCUACACAACGGAGACAUACCCUAUGUUCCUAAAACACCGGAACGUGUAAAGAAGAGAAGCAUUAGUCCCUUAGACAGUGAGGGUAAUAGCAUAGGAAGUGGAGCAGAUUCAGAUAUCAGCCCAAGAGAAAGAUAUUCCAAGAAAGGAAAAAUGUCAAAUAUACGUGAGAAAGACGAAGACUGGAACCUUAUCACCUGCUUCUGCAACAAACCCUUCGCCGGCCGUCCCAUGAUCGAAUGCAGCGAGUGCAUGACUUGGGUCCACCUGUCCUGUGCCAAGAUCCGUAAAACGAACGUGCCAGACAUCUUCAUUUGCACUCAGUGUAGAGACACUCGAAGCAGUAUCCGUAAGUCAAACAGGCAGCGGGAGCCGAAGAAACAGUUCUCAGAGCUAUACGGUCCCGGGGAAAGUUAGCGGGGCGAAAGGUCUGAUUUUUAUCCUGAACAUGGACAGGUUAAAACAUUGUAAGAUUUUGUUGAGACAGUGUAUCUGUGAGGGGGACAAGAGGCCAUUAAUGGUUGGUCACAAAAUGGUCUGCUUACGAUCCCUCAGCAUGGUUGUACGCAAGAGGAUCUUCAACGGUAUUAUCUAUCCAAGAAACAAUUUUGCCAAGAGGUGGACAUAUGACCAUUGACACUUGGCUGCAAGCCGUUAUUCCGCAGAACAGCUGCUCUCCUUGUGGGAUGAACGUUUAGGAACCUUCAACAGUUUGAUCUUGUCAAGAAACAAUGUUACCAAGAGGUGGACAUAGGACCAUUGAUGUUCAGUUCCAGGUCGAUAUUCUGCAGAACAGCUGCUUUCCUUGUUGGAUGAACAUGUAGGAACUUUUGCGUCAAUAAUCUUACAAAAAACGGUGUUGCCAACUGGUGGAGAAAUUACCAUUGGUGCUUGGUAACAAAAAACGUUAUUAUACAGAACAGCUGCUC